AUGCCAGAUCGUCUCGUGGAUGUAGGCCCUGCGACUGGCUCCACUGCUCCAAAACUCCUUGAUGAUACAUCACAGGUCAAGGGGCCUUAUCUUGCAUUGUCUCACUGCUGGGGAGGCACGAUGCCGUAUAGAACCUUGAAAUCGAACAAAGAUGAGCUUUGCCAAAGAAUGGAGUUCUCUCGACUGGCCAGGAAUAUCCAGGAUGCAGUUACUAUUACGCGGGGGUUGAACUAUAGGUAUAUAUGGAUCGAUUCCUAUUGCAUCGUCCAAGACGAUCCGAAAGAUUGGCUAGAGCAAGCAUCCAAAAUGGCGUCAAUAUACGCGGGAGCCUUCCUCACGAUCUGUGCCACGCGGUCCGCCUCAUUCAAUGAGGGCUUCCUGUCAGAUAGAAAGUCCGACAUCGAACUUCCCUUAGCGGACAGGCUCCCCUCGGGAAUGGCUAUCUAUGCUAGAGACUGUAACAAGCUGGAGGAUGGACACAACAAUAUCACUGGAGCGAUUCCUACGGAGGGAUCACCGCUCUUCCGACGCGCAUGGUGUUAUCAGGAGAGACUGUUAUCGCAGCGUGCUCUUCAUUUCAUGGACACGGAACUAGUGUUGGAGUGCGAAGAAGACCUUAUGUGUGAAUGCAACGAGCAAGACUCUUACGAGAGUGAGCCAGAAAAGCAAUUCUACUGCAAAGACGCAGAUGGAGUGGUAGGAGUACCAUGGCAGACGUUGGUGGAGCUAUACACGUUCCGCCAACUAACAUAUCCGCUUGAUAUCCUUCCCGCCAUCUCGGCCGUAGCUUCAGACUAUGGUAUCAAAGAUUACAUAGCAGGCUUAGAUGGCCAGGACCUGAUGUCCAAUCUUCUGUGGAGGACA